CACAACAGAUGGCGCAGAUGUCUGUUGGAUGCUGAGUGAUUCAUUUCGCCGGUAACAUGCAAACAAACAGGAACAGUGGAUUUGCGGACCUGUGUAAAUUCUACUAAUUGAGGCUCUAAUUUUGGAAAUCGUUUAUACUUCGGAUCUAGCGUCAUUUCCAAAAGAUGAUAAUGUUCUGAGUACCUGCGUCGGAUGAGAAAACGGUGGUCCGCUUAUAUGAUGCUAUGCCGUCUGCUUAGACUCACAGUGUUCAUGCAUAGCUAGCCGGUUAUCGAUUUAUAUGUUAAUGACGAAAAUUCCUUUUGGAAAAUUUAUGUGUUGUUUUUGGAUUGAUGUUGGGUUGUGCUAGGAGCGUGGCCUGACUGCCGAGCCCACGCCCAUCAUCAUGUCCCGGCCCCAGGGCCGUAGCCUGCACGGGUCGCACCACAAGGAGGAGCAGUAUGUUGGCCCAUACAAACUCGAAAAAACGCUGGGCAAGGGACAGACAGGUCUGGUUAAACUUGGCGUUCAUUGUGUCUCCGGGAAGAGAGUGGCCAUCAAAAUUGUCAACCGGGAGAAGCUGAGUGAGUCAGUUCUGAUGAAGGUGGAAAGGGAGAUCGCAAUAAUGAAACUUAUAGAACAUCCACAUGUAUUGGGCCUAUACAAUGUGUACGAAAACAAGAAAUACUUAUAUCUAAUAUUGGAACAUGUAUCUGGAGGAGAGCUGUUCGACUACCUCGUGAAGAAGGGCCGCCUCACACCCAAAGAGGCACGGCGAUUCUUCAGACAAAUAAUUUCAGCCCUAGACUUUUGUCAUAGUCAUAACAUAUGUCACAGAGACCUGAAGCCGGAGAACUUGCUGUUAGAUGAUAAGAACAAUAUACGGGUAGCAGACUUCGGCAUGGCCUCGCUUCAGGUGGAGGGUUCCAUGCUGGAGACGAGUUGUGGGUCUCCUCAUUAUGCAUGUCCCGAAGUCAUAAGGGGUGAGAAGUAUGAUGGUAGGAAAGCUGAUGUCUGGAGCUGUGGAGUGAUACUUUAUGCAUUAUUAGUCGGUGCACUUCCAUUUGAUGAUGACAAUCUUAGGCAGCUUUUAGAAAAAGUUAAAAAAGGUGUGUUUCACAUUCCACAUUUUGUCCCACCUGACUGUCAAAACUUACUACGGGGAAUGAUAGAGGUAGACCCACAUAGAAGACUAACACUUGAAGAUAUCCACCGCCAUCCAUGGGUCCUGGCGGAUAUUCAGGGCCAUUUAGAGUUAGAAUUACCUGUUGCCCAAAUUGUACAGACCUCUAUUAUCCCCACCAUAGCUGACCUAGACCCCGAUGUCCUGUCCACCAUGAACUCACUGCAAUGUUUUAAAGAUAAAGACAAAUUAGUGGAAGAAUUGCUGAAUUCCAAACAUAAUACAGAAAAGGUUGUGUAUUUUUUGCUAUUAGAUAGAAAAUUACGGAACCCUAGUGUAGAGGAUGAAUUGGAUAUACGAACGCGGUCCGAGUCCGGUAAGUUAGCUGCGGAUCCCCCAAGGAAGAGAGUGGAUGCUGUCCAGCUUAACGGUCAGCCGGGCAGGAUAUCCCUAGGAAGUAUUAGUGAAGGCUCGCCAGUAGCGUCACGUAGAGCCCUGGCGGUUCAGCAAGUACGGAAGGCGAGUCUGACAGGCAGUCCAAGCUCCUCCCCCAUCCUGAGCCCACGCCUCCCUGUGAGGGGUACCCCAUCCCACAGUCCCUCAGCCACACCCCCUGGUUCCCCUAGUAUACAGUCGACAGCCUGGAAGUCUCGCCUACACACCAUCAAAAACAGCUUUCUCGGCUCACCGCGCUUUCACAGGCGAAAAUUACAAGGUAUAGCCUACACCAAUGGUAUAAUUCUGGAGAUGGAUUACUUAGCAGUGCCUACAGAAGAAAGUACAUUGUCCAUGACACCAGACUCUUCACCAGAGAUGACUAAGAAAUCCUGGUUUGGGGCGCUGAUGGGUGCUGAUCGGGAGGAGCACCACUUUAUCAUGGCACAGGACAAGCAGCUGAGUCAGGUCAAGGCCGAUCUCAUACAUGCAUUCCUCUCAACUGCAGACCUGUCUCACAAUGUGGUAUCCACGACGACCUUCCGAGCGGAAUACCGACGGACAGGAAGUUCUUCCAUGUUCUCAAGAAAUAUUAGAUUCCAGGUGGACAUCACACCUGCCACUCAUGGAGGCGGGCCUUCCGACUGUAACAUGUUCUGUCUCACAUUCACCUUGAUAUCAGGACCAUCACGGAGAUUUCGGCGAGUGUGUGAACACCUGCAGAAUCUUAUGCUGGGGCCAAGAGGUGACGCCCUCAACCAACGUAAAGUCAGUACAGACAGUACAUCAUCAUACACAUCAGAGACGGGCUUGUCUCCCACCCACAGCUGCUCAGCCAAGGAAAACGGGGAUGACCAGGAAGUAUUUGACAGGAGAAUAUCCAAAACACCCACACCCACCAGACGUGAAGUCCCACGAGUUGUUACCAAUGGCAAGCGCGUGUUAGUCGACCACAAUGUGCGCAAAGACAAAGUCUGACCGUGAAUUUACUCUAGGACUUAAAUACAAUAUAUCUGUGCUCACACAGAUCAGCAAAACUAUGUAGGGCAAAGGGCAAUGGUCGAUUCAAGAAAAAAACUUAAGUUUUAAGGUUGAGGAUCAUCAAGAAAUGAAGAAAUCAAAUUAAUAUGAAUAUCACAAUUAUUGCCCAAUAUGUACCUUUUAAAGGUUGUGGAGUGUAUUUUUCACAAGGUUGGCAAUGCAAUGGCAAGGUAAAAAUCCAAAUAUGGACUUUAUAUUAAGUUGUGAGUUCAUCACCAGGUAUUGCUGAAGAUGGAUUCUGAUGGAGUAUCAAGUUAAAUAAGGAAUUAACAAUCAAGUGUAUUUGAGAGAACCAACGGGAAAAUCUUGCCUUAAAAAGAACCUUAUUAUCACUGUGAGCCCAGGCCACUUACAUAGACACAGAAUUGACUGAUGUUUCUAGGUCAUUGAACAUGUUUUGAGCUUAGGUGACCAUCUACUAGUGGACCAAUCAUGGCUCUCAGGACUCAUCAAAACUAAUUUGCACAUUUCUUCAUUGGCAAUUGUGAUAGUUGAUGACAAUUGCAAAGUUUCAAUGUCAGAUUCAAAGAUCAACAUAAAUGGUUGAUCUGUUGUUGAAUCAAUGGCUGUCACAACUCAAAGGUGCAUCGUGGGGAUUAGGGGGGAAUAGUGUGGUGUGAAAGAGGGGCUAUUUCAAUCAGGAAAGGGUGUUCAUAGGGAGGGGAUACGUUUGGGAAGGGUCAUCUCCAAAAUUUCAAGGGUUCCACAAGGGUUCCACUCAAGAUUUAUAUAACUUCUCUACACACUUUGAAUAUCGAAGGCUCUUGAAGCGACACCUUGCGGAAGUAGACAUAUUCCAAGGGUGCAAAGAAGAGCUGUUAAUCGAAAGAGAAACCCUUGGAUUUUAAAUAGGGAUCAGGGAAGGGGGACACUAAAGUGAAUUGUGUGGUCUUGGAAAGGGAAAAAAGGAAAAAUGUGAUCUUAUCGUUAAAGGGAUUAUUAAGUUGAUUAAUUUGAUGAUAUCAUGAUUUAGAAGAGGAAACGGGUCGGGGGGCUAAUAAACAAGGGUUUUAACUGGUCAAUUUCCUUGUUGGGUUGGAGGUUAUUCAUGAAAGGAGUGCUGUGUUAAAAUGUACGUGUCUUAGGAAGAAGGGAAGGGUUAGUUUGAGGAAGGUCUUGUCACGAGGAAGGGUUAUUAAGGGAGAGUAUUAGCUAAUCGUAAAAGGGACUGAGAAGCCGGGGUAGGGAUGGAAAAAAGGGUAAUCUUUGGGAGGGGUUAAAAUGUCCUGAUAGGGAAAGCUUCUGAAAGGAGCUUAAUAUAGAUUUUUUUUUAGCGAGGGAUCAUAGAGGGCAGGGAAUAUUGGUGUCGUAAGAAGAGGAUCUAAUGGAAAUCGUUGGGAUUUUGCGAGGGUGUGAUAAAAGGGUUAUUAGUGUAUGCUAUGGAAAAUACAUAUUCAUAUAGAAUGAUUGGGACUGGAGAAUUCAUCCUAGUGUUGUUCACUGUAAAUACCAUUUUGUGUGAUCUGAAAUGACUGUAAAUUAUUUAUUUGACAGAUAUUAUAAUGUGACAUGUGAUAGGCGUUGAUAAGGUGGAAGGUAUACCUAUGCCAGGUACCAUUGUAUAUACAAGACAAUAGCACAGGAUUUCAUUAAGUAAGAGAUUUUGUUAGAUGUAGCUAAUAUAUAAUAUAUACAUGCAAAUUAAGAACUGAUUCACAAGUGGUUCAGGUGAAAUAGAAGGAAAAUAGAACUAUGUAUUAAAACUAAUAAUGUUUCUUAAAAAAAUCCGUAUUAUUUAGUGGCAUUAUUGUAACGACACUUAGUUUUAACAAAUAUUUAACUUUCUCAACUUCAACUUAACAAAACCAAAUUAUCAUUUUGACUUAAAGUGAUGAAUUAUUUAAGAAGGAACAAUAGGGAUUGUGCAAUACACAAAAGUAUUAUAUUUCCUCGUUGCUAAAUAUGCAAUUUUAUAAGUAAAUGUAACUGUAUGUGAGAAAGGAUUGUCUGGGACGCAUUGUCUUGGGAAAAGCUUCUCUUCCUGUAUGUGAAGAAACUUCAGGAACCCGAAUUAAAAUUACAUUAUUCAGUAAUCAGUUAUACCUGAUAGACGAAUGCACAUGGUAGACUGCUUAAACUGAUCACUGUGUAGUCAGACCUUUCUAGUAAAUUAACUCCUGGUAUUAGAUACAAUAAAUUUCUGAAUGGACAUAAUCAUCGUAAGGUUUUGUCAGGUUUCUUGGUUCAUAUGUUUGUCUACACGUUUUCCUGCUCAUAAUUAAGCCCAUCACAAUCCCCUUGAAAAUACAUGUUACAGGUGAAGGUGUCAUAUUUUGAAAAAAAGCCAGAGAAUACCAAAGAGUGAACAAAACCGCCAUUCUGCUCAAAAUUGAUUAAACUAGGACCGAGAACGUACAAGGAAAAGAUUUAUAUUGAAAACUUUCACAAUUCUGGAAGGGUAGGCGUUUCUGCUUCAUUAGUGAUACCCGACAUGGUUAUCCAAGCCAAACCUUCUAUAUCAUCGUAUUUAAAUGAUUAUUCAACUCUAGUAAUGUCAUGUCCUCAAAGAUGAGAACCGGGUUUGUGAUAAUGAAACCAAACGGCACACAAGUUAAUAUAAUGAAACAAAAUUGACCUUCUUUUCACAAGGAAAUUGAAUAUUUUCUAAUGAUAUCAAGAUGACACAACCUUGUGUUGUAAGUUUGUCCAUCAGCAGUCGACAUCUCACAUGAAAAUAAUAAUAUUCGGAGCAAGCCUUAAAAUGCCAGUUAAGCUGUAAAUUUGGAAAUAAGCUAUAUUUUGGAUUCAUCUAACGACUAAAGACAGUAAUUAAAACAGUCAACUUUGGUUAUAGGCUAAAUUGUGGGUUACUCUAACGACUAUACACACAGUAAUACAGUUAACUUUGGUUUUAAGCUUAAUUAUGGGUUAUAGAGUUCAUUUUUGCAAUAAGCAAAAAUAGGUAAUAUGUUUAUCUCAUGACUAUAGACAAUAAGUCGGGAAUAAUAUAAGUAAAGGAUUUACGAAGAAUUAGAACAAAGAGAUUCAGGACUAAGGAAAGUGAUGGGUCUAUUUAUAAAGGACUUGAUCUUCUGGGAGGAUUUUUUUUUCAAUUCAUUAUGCCAUGUAAAUCUGUAAAUCCCGCAAACACAUAUAUUAUUUUUCUAAUUGUUGUAAUGUUUGACUAAAUAUUAACAUCAUUUUUAAUGAUACAGGAACAUGGUUGUAUGUUUUAAGUAUAACAUGCUUUGCAAUUAAAAAUUUGAAUCUUGCCGUCUGCCUUGAAUUCAAAUGACCUGUAACUUACGUUAAACGAUGAGUGAACAAAUGGAUAUAAAUUAUGUGCAAGAGAGGUAUCAUUAUGUAUAUGUAUAUUCAGUAAUGUGUAUGACAAUUGUAGCGUUUAUAUAGAUGGAACAAGAACGCAUUCCUUCUGAAAUGCAAUUUGCAAAUGAGACUUGUACCUCAAAGGAAAUGAAAAUGUGUGACUCGAAAAAAUAUUAAUGAUCUGAUCACUGUAGAUACUGCUAUUUUUAAUGUUUCAAAAUAAUAACUUAUAACAAAUGGGACAUUCAACAUGUUAUGGAAUAAAAACUAGCUGUUUUGAUUGUGAAACCCUGUGUGUUCGGGAUAUGCAAAUGAUUCAUAAGUGAGAUGUUCGGUCGAGUGUUCGGAAUAUGUUGAAAAUGUGUGUGUACCAACAGGCCAACUUAACACUUAUUCAAUGAACAAUGCCAAUCAUGUGUUUAAUAAGAUUAUUUGAGAUAUCUUUUAGGUUGUAUUUUUGUGAAAUAUCUUAUAUGAAUUCAUAAAAUAUCAUUUAAAAAUACCUUAUUUG